GGAAACACCAAAAACAGAGAGUAAGAAAAUAAAAAAGUAGAUCUUGCGUGGAAACGGUGCAACACAUUUGCGUAUCGGGCUUUCGGUGAGCGGAGGAACUCAGGACUUCACUGCUUAGCUCUGAGCAGUGGCGGCAUGAAUGAAGCUUGAUCUCGAUUUGGCCGUCCGCGAACUGCUCAAAGGCGUCGACUUUCAUGCGCGCUCUCGUCGUCGCCGUCGACCACUUUCAAGUCUUCAAGUUUGCUUUGUGCCGCUUUUAUUUGCUUUUCCUUAGUGUUCGGCCGCUGAUGAAAUCAAGAACCGCAGAUUCGAGACCAAAAUACAAAAGGAGAGAAAUUUCUUGAUUGAUGAAGUAGAAGGAGAUGGCUUGUAGGCGCAGUUUGUCUGCCACCGGAACCUCAAUUGCCAGAAGGCUCCGUCCGUCAUUCUUUCCCAUUCACCAUGACAACCACGAUGAACCAAUUUGCUGUUCGCCGGAAAGGGAUUAUUUGUCUCAAUCUACUUUGAUCAACUCAUCGCCCCGUGCUUCUUCGGGGUCAAGGAAUCUUCUCAGCCCUCAAUCAAUGGGGAGACGGGGUUUGUUGUUCGUGCCGCCUCCUGGGAUCAGCUCCUCUCUGUGUAGAUAUAUGUCUAAUGCAAGUGGAGACGACAGCUCGUUUAAGAUUGAUGACUCUGUUAGGGAAGCAACCCCCGAGAUGGUGAUGGAUGUGGUCACUUCCCAAUCUUCUGCUAUGAGCGAGGUGGCACUUGCUGCGGCAGACUCUUCUUACCCUGUUGCCGGAAUUGAGUACCUGAUCGGUGCAUUGCAUUCGUUUACCGGCUUGAAUUGGUGGGCAUCUAUAGUUUUGACAACUGUAUUAAUCAGAGGAGCGACAGUUCCACUUCAAAUAAAUCAAAUGCGCUCUACUGCAAAACUCAGUUUAAUGAGACCGCGCGUGGAAGAGUUGAAUCGAACAUUGAGGGAGACGGCAAAUGCUCCUGAUGCUGCGUCCAAGUACCUGCAAAGUUUCACAUCAUUAUUCAAAGAAUAUGGCAUCAGUCCAUUCACUCCUCUGAAAGGAAUCCUGAUUCGAGGUCCCAUCUUCAUUAGUUUUUUCUUUGCUAUAAGAAACAUGGCUGAAAAAAUUCCGUCUUUUGAAACUGGUGGAACUCUCUGGUUUGUCAAUCUGGCUACUCCAGAUAGCCUUUACAUCCUACCAACCCUGACAGCUCUGACCUUCUGGAUUGCUGUGGAGUUCCACUUGGAAGAAGGACUCGAGGGAACCGCUGUGGCUGGUACCCUGAAAAUAUUCUUUAGGAUCCUUACUGUUCUCUCAAUUCCAGUUAUGAUGUGUUUCCCAAAGGCGAUGUUUGGCUAUUGGCUUACCUCCAACCUAUUCUCCCUCGCAUUUGGGUUAGUUGUACAACAGCCAGGGGUCAAGAAAUUACUGAAAGUUCCCGAGAUACCGGUUUCACCUAUUCCUGCAUCACAGCAACUCUCUCAAGCCCCUAGCUCAAGAGAAAAAGAUGGAGGCAACGGAACAAAACUAAGAUAGAUGGUACAAUGGGGUCGGUUUGCGUGAAUUCUUCAGAAACAAUCAUUCGCAUCCCUCGGGGUUCUUGCCUGUUUAAAUUGCUGCCUGGGAAUCUUCAAUAACUUGUCAUCUCUAAUGCUCUCGAUAGUGUGAUAAACUUGAUAAGGUGGUCAACCCGAUUAUAUCACUGCCUUGUAACAUCAUAUUGAUAUUGGAAUGGAAGUCAAUAGUAAAUUAUGGACAUUUUCAAA